AUGCCACCAAAAAGACGUGCUGCUUCUGCUGCAAAAGCAAAAGCUACAACAACAACAACAGCAACAACUGCAGCCAAACGCAAAGCACCUGCUACUAAGAGUGCUCCUAAAUCAAAACGAACCAAGAAACAAGUUGAAGAAGAAGAAGAAGAGGAAGUAGAAGAAGUAGUGCAAGAAGAAGAAGAAGAGGAAGAGGCUACUUCAUCAAAAGCUGAUAUAAUAAAACAACUACGUGAGUCUGAUGCUAAGAAAACAAAAACACAUUUACCAGAUAAAAACAUACCCGGUUCAACUAAUUAUCAAGUUUUGGAUGAUUAUGAUGCAAUGCUUAAUCAAACAAAUAUUGGUGCAAAUAAUAAUAAAUUUUAUGUCAUUCAAGUACUUAAACAAGGUAGUAAUUUUUAUGCAUGGACUCGCUGGGGUCGUGUAGGUGAAAAUGGUACUAGUCAAAUGUUUGGUCCAUUUACUUCAGCUGAUGGAGCUAUUAAACAAUUUAACAGUAAAUUCAAAGAUAAAACUAAAAAUAAUUGGGAUAACCGUGCACAGUUUAACAAAGUUGCUGGUAAAUAUGAUUUAAUUGAUGUUGCUGGUGGUGGCGAAGACGAUGAAGAAGAAUCAGCAAAACCUGCAAAUAAAUCAGCAAUAGUUGAAUCUAAAGAUGGUACAAUUUAUGCAGCAAGUAAACUUGAUGUCGCAACACAAUCAUUACUUCGACUUAUUUUCGAUACGGAUAUGUUUAAAGAUGCAUUAAAAACAUAUGAUAUUGAUGUUAAAAAAAUGCCAUUAGGAAAAUUGAGUAAAAGUCAAAUUGCAAAAGGUUUUGAAAUCUUAGAAGAACUUGAAGCAGUUAUGGAAAAUAAAAAGAAAGGUUCAUAUAACGAUAUUUCAUCAAAAUUUUAUACUGCUAUUCCACAUGAUUUUGGACGAGUACGACCUAAACCAAUUGAUACACGUGAAGCUUUACAACAAAAAUAUGAUAUGCUUGCGGUCUUAGCUGAUAUUGAAUUAGCUCAAAGUAUUCAAAAAGAUAAGGAUGAUGAUGAAACAACUAAGAAAAAAGCAGAACAAGCUAAACCUCAUCCAUAUGAUACUAAUUAUAAAUUAUUAAACUGUUCACUUGAACAUGUCGAUCCUAACAGUGAGGAAUUUAAAAUAAUUACAAAAUAUACAGCAAAUACUCAAGGUUAUCGUAAAUGUAAUGUUAUUGAUGUAUGGCGUGUUGGUCGUCAAGGAGAAGGUGAACGUUUUGCUUCACAUGAUAAAAUUGUUCAUCGAAAAUUACUUUGGCAUGGUACUAAUGUAGCUGUUGUUGUUGCUAUUCUUAAAUCAGGUCUUCGUAUUAUGCCUCAUUCCGGUGGUCGUGUUGGUAAAGGAAUUUAUUUUGCUUCCGAAAAUGGCAAAAGUAGUGGAUACGUUGGUACAACACAAGAUCAAGGCAAACAAAUUGGUAUUAUGUUUCUAAAUGAAGUAGCUUUAGGUAAAGAACAUACAAUAACAUCAGAUGAUUCAUCAUUAAAAAAACCACCAGCUAACUUCGAUUCUAUUGUCGCUCGUGGUCAAACAGAACCAGAUCCAAAAGAUGAUACAUCGAUAACUAUUGAAGGCAAGAAAAUCAUUGUGCCAGCUGGUAAACCAAUUCAAACAACUUAUACAUCAUCAAGUUUUGCACAAUCAGAAUAUUUGGUUUAUAGAGAGGAUCAAUGUCGUAUUCGUUAUAUGUUAAAAAUGCAAUUUUAA